GUGUCAAUCAAAUCAAUGUGAUCAUUUCAAUUUUUAGGAUCAAUUUAUCAAUUAGUUAACUUAAAAAUAACUUUGGACUUUUUGUGUUAUGCCAACUAAGGAAAUCGAAGCAAUAAAAAAUAAGAUGAAUAAAUAAGACUGUUCAUAUUAAUUUUAAACCUACUGCUAUAGCUAAAAAAUUAAACUUACGGACAAAGUAGUUUACAAUAAUAAGUUUAUGAUGAUAACUCUAUAUGUGAGCAAUGGGAUAGCUUAUAUCUGGAAUUCUGAUGAUUGGCAUAAUGUUCGGGCAAUUCAUCGAAUAUGCGGUACAUUAAUUGGAUCAGUUCCAUCAUUUCCACGUCAAAACGAUUUUCAGGGAUUGCCAAUGGCUCUGAUGUCUGAGGAAGCAGCAUUGUUAGUUGAAAAUGGAAUUUGUGAGUUGAUUGAACUGCCGAAAUUGAAUGACAAUCUCACAGAUGAGCAAAAACAGCAAAUAGAAAAAAUAAAUGACAAAACAUUAGCUGAACAGGCAGAGGCUUUACGUAAGCGGAAAAUUGAGCAGUUAUCUCAGAAACUGGACAUUAUUGUUGCAGGAAAAAAACAAAAGAUGAUGUCCAAGGGAAUAUCUAAUGUAGUUAUUGAUAAAGAUGCAUUGUUGCAAGAAGAAAUAAAUAAACUAACUAAUUUGGCACCAGCACACAUCCUUGUUCAUUUACCAACUGAACAUCACAUAGAAACAGAGAGAAAACAAGUUUCAGUAAGCAUAUUGAGACCAAGUGUAUUUGACAAAAAAGGUGCAAGUCGAUAUGCUAUUUUCAAAGACUUGUGGCAAAAGGGAUUCCAUAUGACAUCAGGAUCAAAAUUUGGAGCCGAUUUCUUAGUAUAUCCAGGUGAUCCAGUAAAAUUUCAUGCAAUGUACAUGUUGCGGUGCCUAAAUGACUAUGCAACAUUAUUUCGUCCUGCAAGUUUAGUUGCUUUUGGAAGAUUGUCAGUGGCAGUUAAUAAAUUGGCCGUACUUGCAUUUUGUAAUGCUUACGGUAAAAUUGAAUAUCAGACACUUCAAUGGCAUGACAGUGUUAAUAGCUAAUUUCUUGGGACAGGUAGUUUAAGCUAUUAAAAUAACUUGAUAAAG